CCACCUUUGGCACGACCCAUCAUGCAAGGAUUCAAUAAAUACUAUCCUCCUGACUACGAUGGUGAGAAACACGGUAGUCUUAAUUCAUACAGAGGGAAACACGCCCUCGGAGACAGAGCACGAAAAAUCGACCAGGGGAUCCUAAUUACCCGCUUCGAACUUCCCUUCAACAUCUGGUGCGGGACAUGCAAUAAUCAUAUUGGAAUGGGUGUCCGAUACAACGCAGAGAAGAAGAAAAUCGGCAACUAUUAUUCCACCCCCAUCUUCUCCUUUCGGUGUAAAUGCCAUCUAUGUGACGGUUGGUUCGAGAUCCAGACGGACCCCAAGAAUACUCGCUACGUGGUCGUCUCAGGUGCCCGGCAAAAGGACGAAGAAUGGAAUCCGGAGGAAAACGGUGGCUUCGCUGUUCACGGCAAGUCCGAGGAUACCGAGGAUGCUGCGGCUCCUGUAGAUCCCCUCGUUGCCCUUGAAAAGACUACCGAUGCCCAAAAUCACCUAACAAACGUCCAGAUGCCCAGGCUAGAGUCCCUUCAGUCAGUCUCGGAGCAUUACAACGCAGACCCUUAUGCCCUCUCCUCCAAAGUCCGCAAAGUCUUUCGUCACGAGAAAAAAAUAGAAACCGCUAAGCGCAAGGCAGACGAUGAGAUCAAAGGUCGCUACGCCCUUCCGACAGAGAUGAAGCUCCUCGACGACGACGAACAAUCUAACAGCCACGCCAAAGAAGAAUGGCAAAGGGCUCGGUCCGAGUUUGAGGUAAGGGAGAGAAAGCGGAGAAAGAUGCCCCUUGCGUCUUCGCUACAACCUCGACCCACUUCCGACUCCAAAUCCCACACCGUCAAUUCCCUUCGUGCUCGCAUCUUAGGCAACACCGCAAAAAGCUCCAGCAAAGAUCCACGUUCAUUAAUGCACAAGUGAUUGUACAUGGUUUUACUUUUAUUCUCUAACUGUAGCCAUAGUCCAUUAGUUUACAUCUGUAGCCAAUCCCGACCAAUAUAUAUAUUUAAUGACAAGCACGGGC